CGGAGAUGUAAACAGAGGCACGUCAGCCCUCAGUGGCGAGUGGCGCGAGGAGUGAAUAAAAUGUGACGUCAAAACUUUUUUGGCGACGCCAAGAAUGAAGUAUGAUACACUGAUACUGCACAAGAGAAUGGUGACACAUACAGGAAUAGAAUAAAUAAAUGGCACAAGAUAAUGUUCUGCUGUGGUACAAGUGGAUGAUCAAUUAGUUGCACUCAUAAAUAGACAGGUAGUGACCACAUGAAAGAUGGAGAAGUACAAGGUGCUGGAGGCAAUAGGACAAGGCUCAUUUGGAAGAGUAUUCCGAGGAAAAUGCCUCCUUAGGGGGCAAGUUGUGGCUCUGAAGUUUAUUCCAAAGAGAAAUAAAGUAGAAAGAGAAUUAAAAAGUCUCCGCCGAGAAUGUGAAAUUCAAAGAGGUCUGGCACAUCCAAAUAUUGUUCGUAUGAUUGACUCAUUUGAGACAGAAAAUGAAGUUGUGGCUGUUAGUGAGUAUGUGCCUGGCCAACUUUUUCAGCUUUUAGAGUCUAAUGGUCCAUUAAGAGAGGAAAGAGUUCAACAGAUUGCAUGCAACUUAGUUUCAGCAAUUUAUUAUUUGCAUUCUCAUAGAAUUCUCCAUAGAGACAUUAAGCCCCAAAACAUUUUGCUUUCAUCAACUGGUGAAGCAAAACUCUGUGACUUUGGAUUCUCCAGGAAAAUGGGCAUCAAUACGUAUGUACUGACAUCUGUAAAAGGCACUCCUUUAUAUAUGGCACCUGAAUUAAUUGAGGAGAAACCUUAUGAUCACAAUGCUGAUUUGUGGUCCCUUGGCUGCAUCCUUUAUGAAUUACUUGUUGGAAAACCUCCCUUUUGUACCACUUCUAUAGUUCAGCUGAUCAAAAUGGUCAGAACUGAACCAGUCAUAUGGACUGGAGGAUGGAGCAAGGAUUGUUCUACUUUUUUACAUGGACUCCUUGAGAAAGAUCCAAGUAAAAGGCUCACAUGGCCAGGUUUACUUGAGCAUCCUUGGGUUCAUGAGGGAGUAGUGUUUGUUCAACACUCUCUAAAUAUAAUGCCUCUCACUAAUCCCUUAACAGUGUCUCAACAGCAGGUGAAAGAGCAGCAGUGUAAAGAAUUAGUUGAAAGAGCAGCAGGACAGUCAAAAGUGGCUGGGGCUAAUGUAAGAAAAGUUUCACCACAGGGACUUGAAUCGCCAACUUUGCCAGUUGAUAAAGCACUGGGUGAUGUACCUGUACCUCCUGCACCUGUGAGCUUUCCUCAUCAGAAUGAGAGAAAAAAGAGCAUUGGAAUUCCUCAAAUUGAUGGUGAAAUGUUAAAGAAAUUACAAGCAGUUCAUCUCCAAACUGGCUCGUGUCAAGAGGAUCUAGGUUCAAGAUCUCCUUCUCCAUAUCAACAGCGUUACAGAGGAAGAGAAAAAAUGAUUCAAGUUCAUUUGUCUAGUUCAACUGAUGUAUCAAUCCAAAGUCAGAAACAAUGUGUGCACACAGUGGAAGCUGAUGUCCACAUUAAUGCAUGCUCAAAGGAAUCUGUUUCAGUAGCUGGUAGACAAGAUUAUGAACCUGAUGUUAGAAGUGCAAUUGGGGCAUCAAUCAGGAAGCUCAGCAGAGUAUCUCAGGAGCCAGGAUUCAAAGAAGAGGAUGUAAAGGACUUUCAGACAUAUGGACCAGUACCUCUAGAGGAUCGCAAAGAUAGUAUGGUCAAUUAUCUAGCAAAUUCAGUAGAUUCUUCUAGAAGAGGAAGCAGACCUUCUAAUACAGUGUUAGAGCUAAUACAAGAUGGAAGACCAAGUCUACCAAACAUAAAUGAGGAGAGUUAUACUCCAUUUACUCAGGAAAGAGUCUUGACGGUUAUGAGUGGAAAGACCAGUAGUGCUGGAGUGUUUACUCUUCACAGUUUCAAUUCUGAAGACACACCAAUUGAAACCGAGGAAUGGUGUCAGUUUAUAGAUAAAACAUUAGCAGAUGUACUUGAUGGAAAUUUAAGCAUAUUUCUUGAGCAAACAGAAUUGUCCAUGUUUGUUUCUCCUUUGAGAAAUCGAACAUGUUCACUGCCAGUUGUAAAUAAACUUACAACUUUGCUGUCAUUACCCUUAACUAUGGAUGAUAUGAAAAACAGUAAGGAAAGUGUGAUUAAGGUGUACCUUGAGUGUAAACUGGUUCCAAAUUUAGUGUAUUGUUGCAAACUGAUAUCACGGGUAGAAAACUAUAAGCUAAAAAGAACAGUUGAAUUUGAUAAAGAUCAGAUUGAUACAAUGGGAAAUAUUACUGCUUUAAUGUGCCAUUUAGUUUAUCUUGAAAAAGAUUUUCUAUUUCAGUUUUGUGACUGUGUUUGUGUAUUAAAUGCUUUUAAUGUAAUGAAAAAGAUCCUAAGCUUAGAUAAUGUGCUUCCAAGUUUAGUUGCAGAUAUGCUGGCAAUACUGAAUCACAUCUUGAGAAAAACAUCUGAGAAUCAAACAGUUGUGGAAAAGAUCUUAGGUACUGAUGCCUCAGUUCUCUUGCUGUUGGGUACUCUUAUUACCCACCGAGUACCUGUUGUGCGGGCAAGGCUGUGCACACUCAUUGGAUAUUUGGCCAAGUGUUGCCCUCAAGUGGCAAAACUCUUUGAAGGCCAGCACAAACUUAUAUGUGAUUUAAUCAAUUUGGAAAGUGAUCUUGUUCCUCAAGUGAGAAAAGCUGCUUCUUUUGCAGUCUCAUGUUUACAGUCAUUUACAGAACUAAUACCUGAUGAUUCAUGCUCUUGAUAUCACUACUAAAUGCUCACUAAAAUGUUAUUAUAUUCAUUAUAAAUACUUCAUCAUGGAUAGAUCAAUGCUGUUUAGCUUGUUAGAAUAGUCUGAAUCUCAUAGGUUAGCAAUAUAUUUUGUGAAGUAUAUGUGAAAGGAAUACUUUGAAAGCUGAAGUGAAAAAGAAUAGAUGUAUCAAUAUGAUUUAGUUCAGUUAAAUGGUUAUUGAGAAAAGAAAGAUUAAGUAUUUUGGAAUGAUUGAAAUAGUUAAUAUUUUGGAAAAAAACAACAACCAAGAAUGGAAAAAACAAAUAACACCAAUCCAUGAAAUAGUGGCAAGUAUAUACAUGCAUACUUAAAUUAUUACAUAAUCAUAGAACUUAUUUUGCAUUAGAAUAUGUAAGCCUUGAAUGAAAAUCGAGGAAAGUGAUUUGCUGAGAAAUUGUGGUGUAUAUAGAUCAUAUGAAAUAUGAAUAAUGGUGCUAUAUGUGAAAUAUGUGAAUCACAAAUCUUUUAACCUUAUGGGAUGGAGCAAAGUGUGUUGAAAUGGUGUAACAUGCUGAAAGAGUAAAGUGACUUGUAUAGUGUAAAAAAGAUUUGUAAAUGUGUUUGAUGACAGGAGAAAGUGUGUUGGAUGAAGUGGUUGUUAUCAUAUGGUUUUAUAUUUCAUUAUUUCUGAAGUCUUUUUCUUUUUGAGAAGGUUCACCAAACAGGGACAGCCAUGAUGGAAAAAAAAUGUGUAUCUUUCUACUAAAGCACGUUUCGACUUGUUCAAGCCUUUUUUCUGAUAAAACCUUAAUUUAUGCACUCAUUUUCUGUAUCUUUCAUCUUAAAGUAAUCUUUCUUUUCUAAUAGGAGUCAUAAUUAUUUUUCAUUGCAUACAUUUAUUAAAAAUUCUCCACUUUUCGUCCUCCUAAUGUGGCUAAAUCACUUUACAGUAGGUCUUGUUUUUUGCUAGUUCUAUUCUAUUUGCAUAAGUUCCCCUAAUACAUCAUACAUAUACUUUUCAUAGUUUUCACUGUGUUAAUGCAUAUAUUUCUCUCUGGUAUGGUAAUUCAAUGUACAUGAAAAAGGGCAGCAAAUUACAAAAACAAGAGAAUUUGUGGGUGGUAUUGGAUUUUUAUUGUUCACCAGAGAUAUACAGCAUAUGCCCUGCAUUGAUUUCACAACUACGAGUACAAUCAUUCCUUCACUCUCUAAUAUAUAAGGCUUUGUGUAGGGCAGGGAUUCCCAAUCAUUUACCUCUAGUGGUACAUUUGCACUUUUCAUGGGGUACAUUGGGUCUGAGAGAAUAACUGCUGCUGUACAAUACAUAAUAUAAUUUGUAUUCAGAUUGUACAGCGUUUUUUUUUUUAUUUUCUCAUUUUAUUAAGCAAAGCUUUUACUUGAUUUAUGGAUGAAUACCAUUUGUUUUUCACUAUUAUGAAAUUUCUCACGCCCAUAACUGGUACCUGUACCAGGCCCAGUAUCAGUAUCAUGUAUACUGACUCAAGAUAAUGGCAGGCGGCCCCAGCUAUGCACUUGCUUGUGUCACUCAUUCCUACUGACACUCACGGCUAGUAAAGGUGUGAUAACAUUUCUUGUCAUCAGCACUGUUUAUCUUGAAUUUAAUUCAAUUUAAUGGGAAUCUAUAAUGCCUAAGGGGCACAGGUAAACAAAAAGGUUGGAAACCCCUGGUGUAGGGAGAUGACAGAUCCUCACUGACCACACUAUACUUUAGUUGCUUGUUUCACUUGUCUUUUGGUAAUCAUAAUAAACCCAUUUCCUUAAUCUGACCUAAUUACCUGAUUGGGCCACACAUAGGCUGAGGGUUUGUAGGCUGGUUCUUCAUAUAUUCUUUCACAUCUACUCUCCAUUUACUUGAUUAUGCAUAGCCACUCUUCCUUACUUUUACAUGUAAUGGUCUCUCUGUGCUGUUCCUCCUUUUCAUGAAGUCUUUCAUUUAGCUAUACACUUCAUUUAUCUGACUGAGGUGUCCUCACUGAUCUCCAUUCUCUCUCCACAUACCUGAUAUAUCAUAAGACUCCAUGUUAUGGUUGGUCUGCUAACUUUCUUCCAGCAUUAAUUCUCAGCACUUAUUUUUACUUGAUGCACUUAUUUUUACUUGAUUCACUUGAUCUUUAAGGCCAUACAUGUUCCUCAUGCAUCUCAUUAUAAUCACAUUUGAUGUCUGUACUCCCUCAUGUUUCAGCCCCAUAGAAUGCAAAUAGUGAUUACCACCUACACUUAACCCUUUGCUAUCAUGCCUUCUGUUAUUGUGUUUCAUUGCUAUCGUGCAUACUUAAAAAGCUGCACACAUCUAUAUCAUGCAUGAAAUUACUGCUAUGUGUGCUCGUCAUUAAGAAAUUCCUGGGUUAUGAUGUCACAUUGUAGUUGAGUUUCUCUAUAUACUUUUAUUGAGAAAUAGUUCAUAUAUUUCACCAAUCUGCCCAUCCAUCUUGGCUCCUAAUUGUCCAUAAUGAGGUACGUACCUUAUUUGGUGGCAUAUAGGACGCACCUUUUUCCAGUACUUUUACCUACCCUAACUUAAAAUGCAUCAUUAUUUUAUUGCUGGUAUUAUCAUUACCAGUAUUAUCACUGUGAAAAUUAAUUUUAGUAAAGAUGAAGGCACUCUAACCUGUGAGGCUGUUAUGCAUGUUUACAAUUAUCAGAUGAUUGGUGCUCUGACUCAACACCAUCUAGUGGUGAGGAGUAACAGCAAGUUCAUGAUCAUAACAAAAAACAUCAACACCCUCACCAAUAUGACAGUAGAAGGGAAAAGAUCAAGCUAUACAGUCUCUUACAAUCUACAAGUGGUAGAUUAUGCCAUGGAGCAUGGCAAUAAAGCAGCAGCAAGGGCUUUAAGGCCACCACGUACGGAAAAGAAAUAAGUUUCUGGCGACAACAAGACCAAAUGAAGAGCACAAGGAAAGAUCAAUGUUUUCUGCUUGUGUAUUGUGCUGCUAGAUUGCUUUCAACAGUAUACUAUGCUUAAACACACUUAAAACAUUUUUCCUGAAUUUGACUUGUUGAAAUGGGCGUGUGUCUUAUAUACUCGUGUAUCCUUUAUGGCAUUAAAUAUGCUAAUUAAAAUGCUUUAAAAUAUAUGUUAUUACGAUUCUUGAUUAAGAUUUUUUAUACUGUAUUAUUUCUUCAUUUUUAUACUAUUAUAUGGCAUAAUUAUUGGGUAGAAAGUGACAAAAAAAUAACAACUUGCAGGUCCUAGUGUCAGUUUGAAUUAUUACCAUAGAUUCAUCACUUGGGCUAUCAUAAUUUUGGCCAUCUUGCAGUGAUAGAGGCACCAAUUAGGCAUGAUAGCAUAGGGUUCAGUGUAUAUAUAUUUAAAUUUUUUAUGAAAAAAAAAAAAAAGCAGUAUGUAAAAGGAUUGAACCGGAAAUUGGAAGAAAGCAACUAAAAGACUUUAGAAAUAGUACUAAUGACUUUAGAAAUACAAUAUUAAUUACCUAUAAUGAUUUGUACUAUGAAUGUAUUUUGUAAUUUUCUUGUAAAAGUCAAUAAAAUAGAAUAAACACUGUAUUUGUCUAGAUAUAAGACCACAUGUAGAAUCUAUUUAAUUCAGCCAUAUUUUGUAAUUGGCAGUGUUCGUUAAAUAUGUAAUCAGAAUGAAAUUAUAAAGUGCCUAGCUAAUGGGAAAGAUACUCAGAAGAUACUUUACAGAACAUGUUUACAAGUUGUAUCAAAUUAAUCAUGUACACCCUUUAAGUUUGAUAUACAUGAAUUUAGAGAGAGAGAGAGAGAGAGAGAGAGAGAGAGAGAGAGAGAGAGAGAGAGAGAGAGAGAGUAGUACCUGAAAUGAAAAUCUAAGUGCUUGAAAAUUCAUGUGUAUCAAAGUUAAAGGAUGUACAUGUAUAUCAAACUUAAAAGAUGUGGCUUACAUGAUUAAUAUAAUACCAUAUGUAAAGUUCUUAUCCUCUCAUUAACUAUAUACAUAGACAGAGUGUACUUAACCCAUUGAUUACAUAUUCAACAUUUGUGAAUAAUGUUAAUUACAAAACAUGGAUGAUUUAAAUAAAUUAUUUAUAUUCCUAUGUAAUCUUGUUCGAAAAGAUUUUAAAGUGAAAUCAAAAUAAAGUUUUAAGACUAG